GCAAAUGGAAGCAGCACUCAAAACCUUCUUUUCAUCCCCGCGCUUCGCCGUCGCAGGCGCAUCGUCGGAUCCGCGCAAAUACGGACACAAGAUAUUCGCAUGGUACCUCCAGCACUCGCUGCCCGCAACACCGCUGAACCCGCGCACCCCCAGCGUCACGAUCCUGAACCAGCAGCACGCAACGGUAGCAACGCCAGGCGCGCUUCACGAUCCGCCUGCGUCGAGCUACUCGCUGUCUGUGAUUACGCCGCCGAGCGUAACGCGCACGCUGCUGCGCGAGGCGAAAGAGGCGGGCAUCCCUGCUGUGUGGUUGCAGCCUGGCAGUUUUGACAACGAGAUCCUCGACUAUGCGAAAGCGAAUUUCAAGGCGGCGAUUGCUGGCGACGGCGGAUGGGGCAGCGAGGGCUGGUGUGUGCUGGUGGAUGGCGAGGAGGGGAUGAGGUUGGCGGGGCGCGAGGGCGCGAGACUUUGAGCAAGUGGUGUCUUGCUUGAUGGCAUGGAUUUCACAUUGUAUAUAAC